GACCCUGUAUCGUAAUGUAGACGACCUCUUCUCUAACCCUUUGUACUGUUUCUUUUGUCAAUUCUUUCCAUUUGUCUUUCACUAAACUGGUACCUAGUACACGACUAAAGACCAGUUUCUUCCAGUUACAAAACCAGCUACUCUCGAGAACCAUAGAUAGAGGAGGUUCACAAACGGCCUCAAGAAGAAAAUGGCAGCCACUCCUACUAGAGCACGAGCUGACUAUGACUACCUCGUCAAGCUCCUCCUCAUCGGCGACAGCGGAGUUGGAAAGAGUUGCAUUCUAUUGAGGUUCUGUGAAGAUUCAUUUACAACGAGUUUUAUCACCACCAUUGGCAUUGACCUUAAGAUUAGGACAAUUGAGCUCGAUGGAAAGCGCAUUAAAUUACAAAUAUGGGAUACAGCUGGUCAAGAACGUUUUAGAACUAUCACCACAGCGUAUUACAGAGGAGCCAUGGGCAUUUUGCUGGUCUAUGAUGUUACGGAUGAAUCGUCGUUCAACAACAUCAGAAACUGGAUUAGGAAUAUAGAACAACAUGCUUCCGACAGUGUGAACACCAUUCUCGUUGGAAAUAAAGCUGACAUGGAUGAGAGCAAAAGGGCAGUGCCAACAUCACGAGGCCAGGCAUUAGCCAAUGAAUACGGCGUUAAAUUUUUUGAGACGAGUGCUAAAACAAAUCAUAACGUGAACGAAGUCUUCUUUUCAAUUGCCCGAGACAUAAAGAAAAGGCUGGCUGAGAGUGAAAUCAGAGCAGAGCCCCCAACCAUCAAAAUCAAAAAACCAGACCCAGUAAAGAUCUCAACUGCAGAACCGCAAAAAUCAGCUUGCUGCAGGUGAAAGUCGGAGUGCCAGCAUUAUGUGCUGAAAAACCAUGCAAGUGAUGCUUGUCACAGAGUUCCUCAGUGGUGUAUGGCAGCUAA